GCGGCAGCUACGCGUCCGACUGGCGGUUAUUUAUAUAACGCAAUUGCUAGCAGUGUGGUCGUGUCUGUGCAUCCCAGAGCAGAGAGUAGGUAAGCCUGCGUGUUGCUGAGAGUCUUUUAAGAUAGAACGUCUCCGCGCGCCACAGGAUGGAAUAAGACUGACUCACUUCGUGCAUAGAGGUGUUAGACUGUUGGCGCACAUCAGACUGCUUCCAAUGUUAUGUGGUUCCAGUGUUUGAUGUGCUAUCUCUCUCCCGGCUCUGCCGUUUCCUUAUUUUCACAGUUCAUCGUUAAUCGCUGCUGCAAAAGCUAAGAGGAUCUACUAGAACGAUGGCUCUUGAUCGCAAACGUUCAGUGCGUGAUCGUGGCUCGGUUCGGAGUCGGGGCUCCUCCAGCGCCUCCAGUUCCGAUCCGCGUGAGAAGUUGAAGGACUGUUGUCGCCAGUUUGUGGCUUUCAUGUUUACACAGGUCGGCGUGGGAGCGCUGGUCGUUAGCUAUGCGAUCAUGGGAGCGUUCGCAUUCAUGGCGAUCGAAGGCGAAUCGGAAAAUAGUGAGAACAACGACCACGUCGCUCAUCUGCGCUCGUCUUGCUUGAGUCGCCUCUGGAAUGUCACCGACCACCUCAACGUUUUGGAAGAGAGAAAGUGGAAGCUGGAUGUUCGUCAAGUGCUGCUCGAUCAUCAACAAGCCAUGGCAUUAGCCAUCAAAGGCGGUUACGAUGGCCGGACUAAUCAGGAGCGUUGGACUUUCCCAUCUGCCCUCAUGUUUUCCUUGUCCGUCUUUACUAUGAUCGGCUUCGGACACUUAGUGCCACGCACGCAAUGGGGUAAAAUCGCCACCAUGCUAUACGCCGUGUUUGGUAUCCCUGUCUAUGUUCUGUACUUCAUGAACAUGGGCCAAGUACUGGCCUCGUGCUUUAAGUGGUUCUACUGCAAGUUAGUCCGCUGUGCAGACGCACGAAAAGACAAACCGUUGACAGACGCUGAUCCUACUGCGACCAAUGGAAACAAAGAAAUUAUAGGUGUGAAUUCAGCUGGCGCUGUUGAUGAACUAUCCGACGAUAUGGACGAAGAAAGCUAUUCUGGAUUGGUGAUCGUUCCAUCAACAGCUUGUCUCUGGGUCUGGCUGACUUACUUAGCUGUUGGAACAAUUAUGUUUGCUGAAUGGGAGAACUGGGAAUAUCUAGACGCUUGCUACUUUUGCGUGACUAGUUUGUGUAAAAUCGGUAUGGGUGAUUUCGUACCCGGUGCCAAUCUUCAAGCCUCAAGCAAUCAGACCAAAUUGAUUAUCAACUUUGUGUAUCUUCUCGUCGGAAUGGGAAUCAUUGCUAUGUGCUACAACCUGAUGAAAGAAGAGAUACUGGUUCGUUUACAAGAACUGAAAGCAGACUUGAUCGAACGGUUACAAGACGUUAGCGGACGCAUGCGCCGCUGAUCUUACACACGCCCCCGAUAUACUUAUAUUCACGCCCGCCAAGAUAUGGAUAGAACGUCGGUGUUUAGUCACCUUGAACAUAUCUUGUGCGGGUGAUUCGAGCAUAAGAAAAAUGUCUCGAUUCGAAAAUACCUAGCCGAGAAUAUCGGCCGCUACGUUUCACAAUCCUUUUGAAAAUAACCCUCCUUGGGCCGCCUGGCGCAUACACGGAGAUACACGGAGCACACGGGCCAUCUAUGUUGGAUUUUUUAUUUUUUUUUUGUUUAAAUAAUGUUGUUUUUCUUUCUCUACUCCUCGACGGAGCUAUUUUGGGCAGGGCCGUCUAUUACACAUGCACCUUGUGAGCACCUAACAAAAAGAAAAACAAGGCACAAUCUCUCCAUCUGACCUUCCUUUGUUGAAUUCUAUAAACUUCCUGUGGAUUCUUCUCAUAAUUAUGCUACGUAUGACUUUGUAUCCGUGUACCCUCGACAACGUUUUAUUGAUCCCUUACGUUUAGCUAACCUGUUGUUUGGUCCAAAUUUUUAAUUGGUCCUAUUCUUAUAUUGAAUGGAUGAAAUGGUACUCUAGUACAAUUUUAUAACACCCCGUC